AUGAAAUGCCCUUAUGAUGAACAUGCCUCAUUUUUGGACACUAGUUGUGCCAUUGCAACUGACCUGCACUUCAAGGGAGCACAAGCCCUGGUAUCCCAGAAACGAGCAGCCGAGAACUCCCCACAGAAGGCCCCCUCAAGGAAGCGUGCCAUUCUGGGUGACAUCACCAACCCCAACCACAAAGCAAUAGUGACCGCAGCAGCAGCAGCAGCCAAGAAAGGUGGCUUAAUCAAGCCAGGGCCCAAGAAGACAGUGCUUCGGGCACGGAACGUCGCAGUUGCUGCAGCAGCCGCUGCACAUAAGCCUGUAGCCAAGGCAGCCACUGCUGCCACGGUAGCCACCAAGCCCCUGCCAGAAAAACCUACAAGCUCCGAAGAACCGCAGACCUCGGCCUUGCCAAUUGCGUCUGAAGAACGGCAACGCUCUGACCUGCCUGAAGGAGUUGCCGACUUUGACUUUGAGUCUCAAGAUGAACCAUUCUCGGAGUCCACAUAUGCAUCGGACAUCUUCAACUACUACAAGGAGCGAGAGGAGUCGUUUGUGGUUCCGAAGUACCGCGAUCGCCAGAUGGAGCUCUCCGUGAGCAUGCGGGCAGUGCUUGUUGACUGGAUGUGGAGGUGCAAGAGAACUUUGAGCUCAAUCACGAGACACUCUACCUGGCGGUCAAAUGUGUCGACAGAUACCUGUCCCUGGAGCCCUGCUCUAAGACCCAGCUGCAGCUGCUGGGAGCCACCGCCAUGUUUGUGUCCUGCAAGUUUGACGACUUUGCCCACCGCGUGA